CUUCCUCUCCCUCCCCAUCCAAGGCUCGGCACUAUUUUUGGGCAGUGCCGACCCCGCCCCAGCCCCAGCUCCAGCCUUCCCGGGGUCCUUUUCCAGAGUACUGCUAUUCAUCCUGGCAGGAGGGGCACCCUGUGUCUGCAGGGACUGAAGGUCCGGCUGGGACCAUGUCUGGUCGCUCAGUGCCACAUGCCCACCCGGCCACCACGGAAUACGAGUUCGCUAAUCCGAGCCGUUUAGGGGAGCAACGAUUUGGGGAAGGCCUGCUCCCAGAGGAGAUCCUGACUCCCACCCUGUUCCAUGGUUACUACGUUCGACCACGAGCAGCUCCAGCUGGGGAAAGCACCGGAGCCGGGGCGUCCGAGCUCCGUCUCAGUGAAGGCAAGUUCCAGGCCUUCCUGGACGUGAGUCAUUUUACCCCAGAUGAGGUGACGGUGAGAACCGUGGACAACCUGCUGGAGGUGUCUGGCCGGCAUCCUCAGCGCCUAGAUCGCCACGGUUUCGUGUCCCGUGAGUUCUGCCGUACCUAUGUCCUGCCUGCUGAUGUGGAUCCGUGGCGCAUUCGGGCUGCGCUCUCCCAUGAUGGCAUUCUCCAUCUGGAGGCUCCACGGGGAGGCAGACGAUUGGACACAGAGGUCAAUGAGGUCCAUAUUUCUCUGUUACCUAGACCUCCUGACCAGGACGAAGAAGGGGAGGGAGAACUGAUGGGACCCUGAUUUUCCUAAACCUGGCACCAAGCAAUUUCCUUUCUUACAGGAAGGGCCUUAUGGUAAUGGGAGCAGCUGCCAACUAGCCUAGAGGCCGUUGCAUCUCACAGGGAAAAGGAAGGGAAGAGGGAAGGGGAAAGGGGGUGGGGGGAUAGUAGUGAUCCCGAAUGGAAUGUCUCUCUAGUUUGGUCCCUUGGAACAUGUGACUAGCCUUGUCCUUCAUUCCGAUGUGGGUAGAUAUGAAUAAAUCCAAAUCCCAGGGCCCUGUCUGUGUUUCUCCCUGUUCUGUGGCCUGGAGAAUGAGACUAAGAGUGAGGAAAGGAGUCAUAGACAAGGGCUGCAGGACUACUAGCUGGACAGGGUGCUCCUAAUUUGGAUAUGCUGAGCUCAACGCCAGACUGAGCUCAACGCCAGACUGAGCUCACAACUGGAUGCUGUGAUUUCAGCAGGACACUGGCACUGGCUCCUAAUCAGAUUCCUAGCUCUGAUUUUCUCACAAUACAACAAAAGCCAGAGUGAUCCUGGGAGGGCUAUGCCAUCCAAACAACCCAGAGGGCAUAGUCUGGGCUGGUGAUUAGAGAUACAAAAACAAGGGUCUCCAGACAGUCUGGACUUUUCAAGGCAGAACUUGGGAGAGGGAUCUGGGGAAAAGAAAAGAACAUGUUUUUGUCUAGGCAGUAUUGCCUAGAGCCAUGUCCUUUGGUUCCUGGGCACAUACUUCUAUGGAGUAGACAAGAGUUCCCAUAUUCAAGGGACUAAAUAAACCAGGAGAGCAUAAAUACUUCCAGUUGAAUGAAUGAAUGA